AUGAACACCUCUGCCUCUGCUGGAAGCUCCCGAAGCACCACCAAAAAAUACCAUACCUUUCAUGGGGUACGUGGUUGGAAUAAGAUGUGGGCGGCGGAGAUUGAUGAACCACGUAAACCCUCUCUUAUAUGGCUUGGAACAUAUCCGACGGCGGAGAUGGCUGCAGCAGCUUAUGACGUAGCGUCUUUGGCACUCAAGGGUAGUGACGCAGUGUUGAAUUUCCCUGAGCUUGCUAGAUCUUAUCGACUGUCGGAGUCCCCAGAACCUGCCUUGAUAAAGAGUGCGGCAGCGGAAGCGGCAGACUUGAUGAAGUUCAUGGAUGAUAUUCUUGAUAUGUCAACUCCGACGAAGGAUAUAGCAGAGGGAAUGAUAGUGAGCCCGUCCCAACAUCAGACAACUGAUGAAUCGUCGUCGGGGAACUUAAGGCUGUGA